AGACUAUGGAGUUCGUUCUCUUUGCCAAAACAAGCCUCUUGGUAGCACUUCGGAGGUAUCUAACACAUACUCGAAGACCCUGAACCUAGCUUUUCAUCCCCGUCCACGAGAAAAAUGAAUUCAAAAAUGACGCGGAAUGUACUAUUCUUGGUUUAAAUGAUCUGGGUGGCCUUGCGGUCUCUGUGAUUUUGGCCGGCAAGGUAUUCUAGGAGAAAAAGGGUACAUUGUUUGUAGAUAUACAUGGCUCACUGACUAAUACUUAGGUUUUUUGGAAAACAGGACGUAGUUAUUAAAGAAAAAAUGACAUGUAAAAGCUUGGAAAUCAUAUGGCAGCAUUGCCCAAUCACUGCUUUAUCCCAUAUUUCAAAAAGUUUGUUGGUUGUAGGCUCCGCGAACUUAUUGAGCAUAUACGACGUACACAAAAAAUCAGUUCUGUGUAAAUAUUUGUUGAGGCGUUUCGUCAUAAUACAUAACAUAGAGACAAUGCCAGAUUCCAAACGUAACAGUCACGUCUUGUGCGUUUUCGGAAAUAGAUUUGUCACUGUCCUCGAAUUCGAUCUGUUAUCUUCCGAUUUAUCACUUAUAUUUGAAGAUUAUCAUUGUGAUAAUACUGUGCACUGUAAAAUUAAUUCGAAUGAAUUAUCACUUUACGUACAAACUCUUACCAGUCAUGGUUUGUUCAAAGUUAUCAAAUUGUCAUGGAAUUUUGAUGAAAAUAAUGAUAACGUUGAUGUCACUUCUGUUAACCUUAAAACAAGUGCUUGUUACACAGGUCAUAUACUUCAAUUUUCAUCUCCAGCCUCUUCAUUACUGUCUCCACCAGUUGAUAAAACUAUAGUAUUUUGUGGAUCUACUUUUGGAAAUAUUCACAUCUUUAAAAUUCCAAACGAUAAUGUUACACAAUCUAUGGCUCCGAGCUUAAGUCUGUGCGCUCAAAAGGGUGUGAUAUUUUCUCUUGAUUUAUGUUGUUUAGCCAGUGAACGGUCAUCGUCUAAAAAGUCAUUCCGUCUGGUCUCAUGUGCUGAAGAUCGUAGCAUCGCUAUCUGGUCGACUCCAGCCGAUUCGAACGGAGGUGUCAAGGAUUUCAGCUCAUGGGAAUUAGUGUACAACUUAAAGGCAGGCAGCAUUUUCGACGUUAGUGUUAUAUUUGAGUCUAGGAUAUGGUGUGUUCGUGUCGGUGAUUGGGGAGUAGUAGCCACUGGCGAAGAUUGUCGUGUUGUUUAUUAUCAAUGGAACAAUAUAUCGCACCCUACUGUCUUCCGAGAUAUUCAUCGUGGACAAAAUGUUUGGUGUUGUAGCGUUUGGAGCGAAAAUACAGCGAACUCUGAGUCUGUCUUAUUGGCAACUGGUGGGAAUGAUGGUGCCAUAUGUAUUCGUGAGCUUAAAAACUAUCGUAAUAAUUGUGAUGAAUCUGAAUGUAUAAUAUUACCAUGCCAUGCACUUACUAUGAAUAACACUAAAGAGUCGAUGAUGAAUUCACAUGAAAAGAAGAUAAUGUCUCCGUUUUCCCAGCAGAUCUCCAUCAACUUCAAAGAAAAAGACUUUGCACGUGUUCUAUUUUUUGGUUCAUGUGGUCGUCUGUUCUACAUAACAAAUUUGGGGCUUAUCUAUACAUAUUUCUAUAUAACUGACCCAAUCGUUCGAAAAGUAUAUCCUAAGAUUCAUCGAAUUUUUGAAGAUGCAAACGCUGUACUAAAGUUUGGAGAAUUUUCUGCAAAACCUAAUGGCUCUGCGGUCUCCUUUUUAGGCGGCUACUUGACGUGUUGUACAAGUCCGGAUCGAUCCUACGUGAUAAUCGGGAAUAUAUCUGGCUAUCUUUCACUGGUCAAGUUACUUGAAGAUUCACCUUUUAUGGAAUGGUUAGAUAUCGUUAAUAUAAACGAUAAAAUCAUGAAAAUCAUAUGGAUCAAUUCAUCAUAUAUAAUAAUUGGACUAACAAACGGGGAUUCUUUAAUUAUACCUUUAUUCAUAGUUGAAAAUACUCUUUCAUUUGGUAAAAUAUUCACUAUUAUUAAAGGAUCAAAUAGUUCAAAAAAUAUGAGAUGGUUAAAUGCAGCAUCUGAACUCAUUCCUGUUCAUUUUAAUAACAUUGAAAUGAGUGAUGAACAAAUUCUUGUGACUGGUACUCGUGAUGGUGGAGUUUAUUCUUACGUUGUAAAUUUUUUAAUUGAAGACACUAAAGUGUAUUCACCCGUAUGGUUUUUGAAAUCAUGUCAUCAAUCUGGUGGGUGUACAUCGAUGCUUGUGAUAAAAGGACAGUCAGAUUGUCAUCUAUUAUCGUGUGGUCGAACAUACGGUGAUGUUAAAUACUGGUCCAUCCAAUCAAAUGGUUCAUUAAAUCUUUUGGCAACAAUCUUAAGAUCUGAUCAUUUAACAUGGAUUGAGAAAUUGUAUCGGUCAAUUGAUAAUCGAAUUUAUGCUUUAGGGUUUCAAUCUAAGUACUUCAAAGCUAUUUCACUAAAUCACAAGUGUUUACAAGCAGCUAACCAAUUGGAUUGGUCGUUUACCUGUCCAGUACGUCAGGACGGUUGUUUCAUUGUCGAUUGUGGUGGUGGUAAUCAUUACUGGGAUUGGUUUUUGCCCAGUGAUACUAUAAAAACAAAUAAACUGGGUAAUUGUGAAAAUGGCACUUAUAGUUACAAUGCUGGCAUUAUUGUUGAUAAUAGUGAAACUAUCGAAAUGGAGAGCAGUUCAUCGUAUCCUGUCUUUGCAAGUAUCAAUAAAGGCAAAGUUGUAAUUCAGUCAGACCCGCAUAAUUGUAUAUUAUCAAAUAAUUGUAAUUUCGAACCUAUUUAUUUAAAUUCAUCUCUUCAUGGUCAAACAAUUAACACUUGUUUAUUACUCAAUAAAGAUGACAUAUUCGGUGUUCAGAAUUAUCCUAAAGGUAAUUCAAAUGAUCAACAAAUUGAAUUAUAUUGUUUCACUGGAGGAGAAGAUACUUUGAUAUCGAGUUGGAGGAUAUCGUUACCAAUGAUGAGCACUGAUCCAUGUAUAAAUGAACCGAUUUCCAGUUUCCCACAACAUCAUCGUGGUCAUAUAUCAAGUGUUCGUUGCGUAAACACACCAUAUAUCCUUAUUCAUAAUAUAAAUUCAAACCAAGAAACUGUUUCUAAACGCUACGUACUGAGUGCUGGUGGUCGUGGGCAGAUUUGUUUGUGGCGUUUAGUAUCAUCGAAUGAACCUGCAUUAGUAGCAGGUUUCUUAGGUUCCAAGAAAAUUCGACAUAAUGAAUACUAUCGGGUUGAUAAUGUUUUUGAUGAUCACGAUACUAUUAAACAGGAUAAUGGUAGUGAUCAUGAUGAUGAUUUGAAAACUGCUAAACUUGAAAAUGUGAUUGUAUCAAGUGACACACGUGUAAUGGCUUUAGAUUGUGUUCAAGUUCCUAGACAAGAAGAUCAAUUAGAUGAUAAUAUAUUAGUUAUUGCAGGCUGUUCAGAUGGAUAUGUACGCUUGAUUCAUGUUCAACCAUCAUCUGGAAAUAAUACGGAAUAUCCGAAAUUCUCAGAAAUCGAAAGAAUCAAUCCAACGAUAUUACCAACUAACAAAUCAGACAAUUACAUCAGUUGUUGUUUAGAUUUAAAACUUUUGCAAAUCAAUUCCUGUCAGAUUUCUUUUGUUAUUUCGAAUUCUCGUGGGGAAUUACAUGGAUGGAUUAUACCAUGGUGUCCUGUGAGAGGUUCUGGUUUUGCUGAUAACAACCAAUGUACCAGUGAACCAUAUAUUCAUCACCAAGACAACGAUAUUGAUGGAAUAUUUGGUCUUCGUCUAGAUUCUGCCUAUCAUUGGAUGUUGAACUGUCAACCAAUUCCACCGUUUCAUAUACAAAACCAAUUGGCUUUUAAUUGUAUAACUUCGCCGAUAAUAGAGGUUACUUUAUCUGACACUAAUACAAUCUCAACGAUUAUUGUGGUUGGUGGGGAUGAUGGUAGUAUUCGUAUUGCACAGGUUCCCUUGAAUAUCCGUCAUUCGUCAAAGUCUGAUGUAACAUAUCCUCAGUGGUCCGCUUCGUGUGUAAGACAUUUCAGUAGUGUUGUGAAAAUUGCUACAUGUCCUAAUUUGGAAUUGACGAACGAGUUUUUAUAUUAUUUCCUAAGUUUGGCUUCAGAUCAACGAUUAAUUCUUUGGUGUCUAAAUAAAAUUUCAUCCUGUGAUUUCCAGUUAAAUCCAAUGAAAUAUUUUCUAUUAUGCGGUUUAGGUGAACCUCAUAGUUUAUCUGUAACCAGUAUAAAUAAUCAAUCUAUAUUUACAAAAGAGAAUAAAAACAAAUGUUUUGUACUUGUUGUUGGUGCUGGUGCUCAGUUGAUUCAAGUUUUUUAAAACAAAAUUUUCAAAAAAUAUUGUACAUUAUUAUUUUGUGCAUUACGUAUUUUCAUGAAUUUUGGAUUUUUUUGUUCUGUCGUUUCACAGUUCGCCUUUUAUUUCCUCAGUGUUGUUGUUUCUGUGGGUUAUUUUUCUCGCAUAUCUUAUGUAGGGACUUCAUGAAAUCAUUAAGUAGUAAAUGCCGUGGUACAGUUCAGGGUGGAGAGAGUCCGUUCUCCCUCUAGAAAUACUCUCAAAUGACCUCGCGUAUGCAGCCACUUUCAAAGAAGUUCUGAACACCCCCUUCUCACGAAGGGGGUGUUUUUACAAAAUUGAGGGGACUAAAAGCUGAUUUCCG